AAUAUUUUGAUAAUUAUUUUAAAAACAAAUGUCAAACGAAUUUCUACCGCUAGGUGAUAUAGACGGGUCCGUGUGUCUGAUGAGGAGUUUCGAAGCUUUUAAACCAAGUCAUAGAUAGUGAUCUCUUGGUAUUAUUUACGUUCUUCAAUAAAAAAAAAACCUAGGAAGACAAAAAGCCAAUGUACUGCCAAACAGGUAACUUAAAAGACUCCACAUUACAAUAUUUUAUUGCAGUCACAUAAUAAGUAAAGCACGCAUGGCUUAUCAAAAUAUCGAGCUUUUUUAAAACAAAAAAUAUAACAAAUAUAAAACAAUAUAUAAUAAAAAAGAUGAAAAACUUGUAUGAGAUUAAAAUACUAAAUAUUUUCAAAAUUAUAUGGAGAUCUAGUGUUUUUGCGUUACUAUUUUUCGAAGUAAGUAACUCAAUAUGUUUCAUUUUUAUCUUAAAUAAAAAAAAAGGUAGGUAUUGAAGUUUUUUUCUCUUUUUUAUUUUUUUUAUUGAACACAAAAGUAUAUAAACAACAAAGGCAAAAAUACAUUCACAGUGUAGGUAUUACAGGCUCACGGGAAAAAAUAGAAAAAAUAAAUAGAAAUCUGAAAUUAUAAUUUACAUGAACUUAAAUAUUAAGUAAGAGGGGAAAAAAGAUAAAUAUUAGGGGCAGUAUCACAAUAAAUUAAAUAAUGUCAAUAAGUAAAGCAGCUUCAUAGCACUCUGACCUUUCAUCUUAUUAGGGCUUUGGAAAAACAUUUUAAGUCCUUUUUGAAUAUGAUAAGUAGUGGGGGGGGGGUUUAAAGAAUCUACAUUUAUGGGGUAGAUAUUUAAGUUUUUUUUAAGGGUAGGUAUUAAAGUUACAAGUACAAUCCUUGUUAAACAACGUCACUUUUGAACGUACUUCAUUCAUGCAGUUACAUUUACGUUCCUGUGGGUGGCGGUGUUCUUCUGAUUUUCCCAGGUAAUUAUUCUGCGGUGCGCUAAUGAAUCUUCUCAACUUUCAAGUAGUAUCAAGGUCAGAAACUUGUAGAUGAGCAUUACUGGUGAGGCAACAAGCUAUCUAACAACAGAAACAAAAAACAAAAAAAUCCGAGCCUUUACAUUUCUGCGUUGGACAUCCCCUCCGCCAAUGUAAUGCAGUCUCUUGCACAAGAAAUAAAAUCAUUUUCCAAAAAUAAUUUGCGCAAACAAUGCACCAGAGUGACGACUUUGAGCGGCAGGCGGAUUAUUGAAACAUGGAAAGGAUCAAUUGUACAGGUGGUUGAGGAUACAGUACAGCCUGCAACAGCAUGCGGAUAUGUUCCAGAUAAUAGCUGGGAUCUCCAGGUUGGAUAUAUUAAACCGUAUCUGUUAUUUGGUUCACAAGAUGCUGCUCAUGACUUUGGUACUUUGAUGAAAUUUAAGGUCACACAUAUAUUAAAUGUUGCAUAUGGUGUGGAAAAUGCCUUUCCGGAUUUGUUCAUCUAUAAGACACUGAGCAUACUGGAUCUACCUGACACUGAUAUCAUAUCGUAUAUCCAGGAGUGUGCACAGUUUAUAGACCAGGCUAAAGCUGAGAAAGGAGUUGUGCUGGUCCACUGCAAUUCAGGAGUUUCACGUUCUGUGUCAGUUGUCAUUGGAUAUCUGAUGUUAAGAGAAAAGCAGGCAUUUGGUGAUGCGUUUGCUCUGGUGAAGUCAGCUCGCUCGGCCUCAUGUCCAAACCCAGGUUUCAUGGAACAGCUGAAAAACUUCAGACCACAAGGCGCUACACAAGCGAAUGGUUUGAAACAUGAUUGAACAUAAGUCUAUGUCUGAAUGUUAAAUCCACCGGUUCUUCCAUGGCAGUCUUAUGUAUGGCUUUGAAAUGUUCUUCAGGCAGUACUAGUUCAGGGUUGGGUAAAAUUCAUAAUUCAGGAGUCAUCCCCUUUCAAUUCAUGGGUUGGAAUUUAAUUAACCACGCCACACAGGAAGUGUCAUUGUAAUGAUGACAUGAAGUGAGAUUUAAUGAAUUGCAAUUCAAACUUAUUAAAAAAACUUUAGAAAUAAGUGCUGUGCAUUCUGGGAAAUUAACGAUGGUCCAUAAAACAUUGAUUAUUAUUAUCAUCUAAUGUUUCUGGAUAUACCCACAAAUAUAUAUUUGUUGUGUGUAUGGGUAAAUCAUACUAAAACUAUUAAAUAUAUAAUGUUAAUGUAAUAAUAAAGUAUGAAUUUAUUUGAUAGUUAUUUCAUUUUAGAUUUAUUUCUUAAAUUUUGUUUUAAAUUACAUUCUGUGUUCUCCUUGCAUUCAAGAAUUCAGCAACUGAGUUAGUAGCCUAUAUAAAGUUGAUAAGAAAAGAUAAGAAGUGUCUCUCUCAUUGUAGCAGUUUCAUUAAAAUUCAUAAUAAAGUAGUGUAUUAAAAUGCAGCUUUUAAGAUACAUUCCGUUAAGUUAAUCUUUCCAUUCCACCUUAGCAGAUGUGCUGUUGUCUUAUUUAUAAAUGUUUAUCUUUAAAGUGAGACACUAUCUUUUUUCUCGAUAGUGACACCUUGUGGUCACAGCUCACAUUGAGCAUUUAUAUCAGAUUUGAUUAAUUUCAUUUUAAUAAUAAAGAAUAACAGCCUGUACUUUAUCAUUUUAUCGUCUGUCAACUUCCAUUGUUACCAAUAAAAAUGGGUUAUCUAUAUUUGUGCAAAAUAGUAACUUAUAGUAUCAAUCAAUAUCAA